AUGUUUCCGCAAGUCGAGUACCUAUUUGCAGUCGUCUUGUUCUCGGCGGCAAAGACAACUGAAGGAGCCGAAAAUGGCGUUUUCUUUCAAAUCAAAGAAAACACUUUUUUCAGCUACAGAGACAAAAGCCUCUUUUGGUCUGGAAAAACUGAUUCUUUGCUUUCCUGUUCGGUUUUGUGUGCGAGACAAGCUUCGUGCAGAAGUGCAAACUUUCUGGAAAACCCAGGACUCUGUUACCUUCUUCGCGGCGAAAUGCAAACAAGUUCAGCAACUGGGCGGCUUUUACAGCGAGAUGGCUCUUUCUAUCUAACAAAGGUCGACCUUCCAGAAAGAACCGAUUCGCCCCGAGAGCAAAACACUUCUCCACCCCCUGGUUCUAACCAGCACUCAGCAGUAACCUCAUGCCAGACUCUCCUCAAACAGUCUCCCGCUACGUCCACGGGUGUUUAUUGGAUCGAUCCUGAUGGUGGCUCCCAGGCCAACGCUUUCAAAGCUUACUGUGACAUGGAUACAAAUGCAGGAGGCUGGACAUUAGUAUGGAGCUAUUCCUUUACUAACUACACUCAUUUUAACGAUGAUUCAAAUGCAAUCACUCCUAGGCCAAAUUGGCCGGCCAAAAAUGAAGUGAAUGUUCCUAUCUCUACAAUUUCUCCAUUAAAUGAAACAGACUACAACGCCAUGAACUUCUCACUCUGGAAAAAACUCGGUAGACAGUUCCUCAUCAAGAGCAACAUAAACAACUGGCUGUUGUGUCAACCGGUAACUGGCAGCCUGGUUGAUUGGCAGAAAGGUGACGUCAACUGUACUAUCACAAAAUACGUGGCUGACCCUGGAGAAUCAGCUUCGGCGCCUUCCAAGUUUUCACCAUAUAUCGACCAUGGACCAAUGUUCCAUUCGAGUGGGCGCUGGGACAGCAGCUUUUAUUAUUUUAAUGGUUACACGGGCAAAUAUUGGCCUACCCAUGAUCCUUGUGGAAGAAAUGGGCCCAACCAAAAGAAAAAUGUUCUUGAUCCACACGGUAACAUUUUUAUUCGAGCCGAGUAGCAAAGACAGACAAUGACAAACCUUUACACACGUAUCUUCUAGAGUUGGUUAACUUAUCUGCACAAAAUCAUUACAUUACCUUGAAAACGUGUGACGAGAAUCAU